UGGCCGCUUGAUUUGGUUGUCUCGUGUGUUAAAGUACCCCUGUUGACAAGCCAACUAGUCUGGAUCAUUAUUGUAUUUUACUGAGAUAAAACCUGUCAGAGAAACGAUACCCUGAAAAAUGUUAGUUUCUAACAUUGAUUAAAUCUACGUGUAAAUUGGAAUAAUUUCUCAUUAGGGUUCUGUUUCAUUAGUGCUUAAUUUGCGGGUGUUUUCUGUGUAUACACGUUUUAUUUGUAGACCAAUGUUAAGCCAUCAUCAAAAAAUAUUUUGGUAAUAGUCCAGAAACAUACUCAGUCAUUGUGGUUUGCCUGUCACUUUUAUGAGAUUUUAAAUCUUUCACACGGAGAUAUCAGCGCUGCUCCCUCUUAGUGUGGCAACGAUAGUGCAAGGCUCCAGGGAUGUUAAAACACGGAGAACUGAAUGGGCCGGAAUGAUUGACGUCGCAGGGGGGCGGGGCGUGGGGAGGGGGCGCAGCCGUGCAGCCUCCCCGCGCGCUCUCACCGGCGCUGCAAACUUGCUCGUGUGAUGCCGGAUCCACCGGUGUGUCCUUGUGCGACACAGAAACAAAAACAUCCGAUGGCGGUACCUCCCAUUACUAUUUUUCAUUUUUGCAGCAUCUGUAACCUUGACAACCGCAAAAUCCACCCAGGGCGCUCAGUCCGUAUUGUGCAUAGCAACCUUCCUAGAGGAUGGACCGGCUGGUUUUGUAGCGUCUUGUUUUUAUUUAUUUGACACCCCCCCCCCCCCAUACACACAUACACACACACACACGAAGUGCGCAGUUUUUACAUACACGACGACAUGAUGUUUUCCAGUGCACGAACAGUUAAAUGUUCCCCUAACGCAGAUACUUCUGCAUUUGAUGAAGAUGCCGCGUCCGCCUCACACCUGUGUCUUUAAAACUCUUGUUUCACCCCCCCCUGAUCGCGGUCGCAAAGAUGCUGUGACAAAGCGCCUUACUGGAAUUAUUUGUUAAGAGUCUCUUUUUGUUCCUGUGAUCAGAUUUAUGUUUGAAGAAGUGCGAGCAUUUAGCAGGUCUUUCGUUUGGUUUUGGGUCACUUCCCAGGUAUCUCACUAACUAGGCUGCCUUGUUGGCUGGUGUGCCCUUAGGUGGAACAGCCAGCACGCAGUUCUAAUGCGUUUGAUCCGCCACAUGCAGAGGAGACACGGGCUUUCUCCUGCAGGAACUGGCAGUGGCACAAAAGAGAUCUGCCGUCCGUAUUUAUUCGCGGGGGUAAAUGCAGAGCAAUCAGGAUUUUGUGAAGUUCUUCGCCGUAUCCUGGCGUAACCUCGCAUUGUGCGGACUUUGAAGGCGAAACAGGGGAGAGGGGAAGCCAGAAAUAGCCGCUCCUGUCACGGACACUUGCAGCACAGCGCACGACUAGUAAAACUGACUGGAGGAUUUGGACAGAGAAGAGGGAGAGGGGAAAGAGAAUUUUUUUGCUCCUUAAAAAAAGAGGGCAGCCAUCUUUCUUGGAACAAAAAAUAAAUAAAUAAAAUAAAAGGGUCUUCGUCAGUGCUGAGCGGAUUUCGUUUUGUGUAGACGUUUCCAAAGUGCGUUGGGGUUAAGUUUGCAGUGUACUUUGCACUAUAGCUGGAGUGUGAUUUUUUUUGUGUGUGAAGGUGCCGUAUGCGGUAAAGAUGCCGGGGUCGCUAAGUAAUGAAGACGAGGGUCAAGACGACAUGGAUUUUGAAGACGAAAUGCCAGAUGAGGACGAGGAGGCUGAGGUGGUGCCGGUUCCCUUGGCGACCCUGGACCGGCUGUUUUCCGAAGAUGGGCCGCUCACCGAGUCUAAGAAGAGGAAAAAGCACAAGGUAAAGGAGAGCAUGACAGCCAAGGUGAAGAAGAGGAUGAAGGAGGGUGGAGCCAGCGACCUGGAGGACGCCUCGGAGCGGGAGGACGACCUGGGGGAGCAGUCCGAGAGCGAGAACAGCAGUUAUGCACCUGUUAAGAAGAAAAAGAAAAAACCGAAGGAGAAGAAAGAGAAGAGAGUCAAACGGAGGAAGAAAGAUGAAGAGGAUGAAGAGGAUGAAGACGAUGGCGGGAUGAAGGAACCGAAGUCCUCCUGUCAGCUGAUGCAAGAAUGGGGUCUUGAGAAUGUUGAAUACGUCUUCUCCGAGGAAGACUACCGGACCCUCACCAACUACAAGGCCUUCAGUCAGUUUCUCAGGCCCCUCAUUGCCAAAAAGAACCCCAAAAUCCCCAUGUCCAAGAUGAUGACGGUGCUCGGCGCCAAGUGGCGGGAGUUCAGUGCCAACAACCCCUUCAAGGGCACCUCCGCUACUGCCGUGGCUGCAGCCGUGGCCGCUGCCGUGGAAACGGUCACCGUAGCAGCCCCCAUCUCUAUCGGCAGCACUCAGCAGUCUUCUCAGGGAGGGACCAUCCGAAAAGCCAAAACCAAAGAAGGAAAGGGUCCCGGGGUGAGGCGGAAGUGUAAAAGCUCCAAGGACAACAAGAAGAAAGGCAAGGGCAAAAAGACGAAAGCGAAACACGGACAGAGCGGGAAGAGGAAAAAGGCAUCGUCGAGUGAAGAGGACUUCUUCGAGGAGUCUGACUUUGACGAUGUCAGCAUCCACAGUGUCUCUGUGCUCUCGGACACCUCUGUGGCACCCAAGAAGAAGGCCCGGAAGGGGCGCAAGAAGAGGAAGAGAGAGGACGGGGAUGGCUACGAGACGGACCAUCAGGACUACUGCGAGGUGUGUCAGCAGGGCGGCGAGAUCAUCCUGUGUGACACCUGUCCGCGGGCCUACCACCUGGUGUGCCUCGACCCCGAGCUGGAAAAGGCCCCGGAGGGCAAGUGGAGCUGCCCCCACUGUGAAAAGGAGGGUAUCCAAUGGGAAGCCAAAGAUGAUGAUGAGGAAGAGGAGGAUGCUGCUGGCGAGGAAGAGGACGACCACAUGGAGUUCUGCCGGGUGUGCAAAGACGGUGGUGAGCUGCUUUGCUGUGACACCUGCCCAUCCUCCUACCACAUCCACUGCCUCAACCCCCCCCUGCCCGAGAUACCCAAUGGGGAGUGGCUCUGUCCACGCUGCAUGUGCCCUCCCCUGAAAGGAAAGGUACAGCGGAUUCUUCACUGGAUGUGGGGGGACCCCCCCUUGCCUCCCGAGGCCCCACCCGGCGUUGAAGGGGAACCAGGCAUGCCACUGUGCAAACCCCCCCUGAAGGGCCACCCCGAGAGAUUGUUGUUUGUGAAGUGGGCUGGCCUCUCUUACUGGCACUGUUCCUGGGUCAGCGAACUGCAGUUGGAGCUGUACCACACAGUCAUGUACCGCAACUACCAGCGCAAGAACGACAUGGAGGACCCUCCACCCUACGACUAUGGUUCCGGUGAUGAGGAGCUGAACAGCGAGAAGCGCAAGAGCAAAGACCCGCAGUAUGCCAUCAUGGAGGAGCGCUUCUACCGCUAUGGUAUCAAGCCUGAGUGGAUGAUUAUCCACAGGAUCGUCAACCACAGCUUUGAUAAGGAGGGGGAUGUGCAUUACCUGAUCAAGUGGCGGGACCUUCCCUACGACCAGUGUACCUGGGAGGUGGACAAUUUUGACGUCCCUGACUACGAUCGAUUCAAGCAGUCCUACUGGGACCACAGGGAGCAGAUUCUUGGGGAAGACAUCCGCCCCAUGGUGGUGAGGAAGGGGAAGCGGGCCAAGGAGGAGGGGAAACGGGAACGCCCCCCUGAAACUCCAUUGGUGGAUCCAACCAUCAAAUUCGACCAGCAGCCCUUUUAUAUCAAUGCCACUGGAGGCACCCUACACCCCUAUCAGCUGGAGGGCCUCAACUGGCUGCGAUUCUCCUGGGCACAGGGUACCGACACCAUCCUGGCUGAUGAGAUGGGAUUGGGCAAGACUGUCCAGACCAUAGUUUUUCUCUACUCCCUCUACAAGGAAGGACACUCCAAGGGGCCAUUCUUGGUGAGUGCCCCCCUCUCUACCAUUAUCAACUGGGAGCGUGAGUUUGAGAUGUGGGCGCCGGAAUUCUACGUUGUGACGUACACUGGCGACAAGGAAAGCCGGUCCGUCAUUCGAGAGAACGAGUUUACCUUCGAGGAUAGCAACUCCAAGUCAAAUCGCAAGGUUUUUCGCAUGAAGAAGGACACGUCAAUCAAAUUCCAUGUGCUGCUAACAUCCUACGAGCUCAUCACUAUCGAUCAAGCCGUCCUAGGCUCCAUCAGCUGGGCCUGCCUGGUGGUGGAUGAGGCUCACAGGCUGAAGAACAACCAGUCAAAGUUUUUCAGAAUCCUCAAUGGCUAUAAGAUCUACUACAAGCUGCUCCUUACGGGGACCCCUCUGCAGAACAACCUUGAGGAGCUCUUUCAUCUGCUCAACUUCCUCACGCCCGAGCGCUUCAACAACCUGGAGGGCUUCCUGGAGGAGUUUGCCGACAUCUCCAAGGAGGACCAAAUCAAGAAGCUGCACGACCUACUGGGGCCACACAUGCUGCGUAGACUGAAGGCCGACGUCUUCAAGAACAUGCCGGCCAAGACAGAGCUGAUUGUGCGAGUGGAGCUCAGUCCCAUGCAGAAGAAGUAUUACAAGUUCAUCCUGACGCGGAAUUUCGAAGCGCUGAACUCCAAGGGUGGGGGGAACCAGGUGUCACUGCUCAACAUCAUGAUGGACCUGAAGAAAUGCUGCAACCACCCCUACCUGUUCCCAGUGGCCGCUGUGGAAGCCCCUGUUCUGCCCAAUGGCUCCUAUGAUGGGAACCUGCUGGUGAAGUCCUCAGGGAAGCUGACUCUGCUGCAGAAGAUGCUGAGGAAACUCAAAGAUGAAGGACACAGGGUUCUCAUUUUCUCCCAGAUGACCAAGAUGCUGGACUUGCUGGAGGACUUCCUGGAAUAUGAGGGCUACAAAUAUGAGCGAAUAGAUGGGGGCAUCACCGGGGGCCUGCGCCAAGAGGCCAUCGACCGCUUCAAUGCUCCCGGAGCUCAGCAGUUUUGUUUCCUGCUGUCCACCCGAGCCGGCGGACUGGGAAUAAACCUGGCCUCUGCUGACACGGUCAUCAUCUACGACUCAGACUGGAACCCGCACAACGACAUCCAGGCUUUCAGCCGGGCUCACCGGAUUGGCCAGAACAAGAAGGUGAUGAUCUACCGGUUUGUAACACGAGCCUCAGUAGAGGAGCGCAUCACGCAGGUGGCCAAACGCAAGAUGAUGCUGACCCAUCUGGUGGUGCGGCCCGGCCUGGGCUCCAAGACGGGCUCCAUGUCUAAGCAGGAGCUGGAUGACAUCCUGAAGUUCGGCACUGAAGAGCUCUUCAAGGACGACGUGGAGGCUAUCGGGGACAAUAAGGAUGGAGAAGAAGGCAGCGUGAUUCACUACGAUGACAAUGCGAUUUCCAAGCUGCUGGACCGCAGCCAGGACGCCACCGAAGACACGGAAAUCCAGAACAUGAAUGAGUACCUCAGCUCCUUCAAGGUGGCCCAGUACGUGGUGCGGGAGGAGGAUGGAGAGGAGGAGGUGCAGCGGGAGAUCAUCAAGCAGGAAGAAAACGUCGACCCUGACUACUGGGAGAAGCUACUGAGGCACCAUUACGAGCAGCAGCAGGAGGAUCUGGCGCGCAACCUGGGCAAAGGCAAACGGGUUCGAAAGCAGGUCAACUACAACGACACCUCACAGGAGGACCAAGAAUGGCAGGAUGAUCUUUCAGACAACCAGUCUGAAUACUCGGUGGGGUCCGAGGACGAGGAUGAGGAUUUCGAGGAACGUCCGGAAGGUGGGCGGCGUCAGUCUCGCAGACAGCUGAAGAGUGACCGUGACAAACCUUUGCCACCCCUGCUGGCUCGAGUUGGAGGCAACAUUGAGGUGCUGGGCUUCAAUGCCCGACAGAGAAAGGCCUUCCUGAAUGCCAUUAUGCGCUGGGGCAUGCCCCCCCAGGACGCCUUCAACUCCCAUUGGCUGGUCCGGGACCUGAGGGGCAAAAGCGAGAAGGAGUUCCGGGCCUACGUGUCCCUAUUCAUGAGACACCUGUGUGAACCUGGAGCCGACGGGGCGGAGACCUUCGCCGACGGCGUCCCGCGGGAGGGUCUGUCCCGACAGCACGUCCUCACCAGGAUUGGGGUCAUGUCGCUGGUCCGGAAGAAGGUGCAGGAAUUCGAGCACGUCAACGGCAAAUACAGCACGCCGGAUCUGAUCCCCGAGGGGGUGGAGCUGAAGAAGCUGACGGAGAGCCUGUCCUCGGACCCCAACACGCCCGUUCCGGCCAGUCCGGCGGCCACACAGCCCGGCACCCCCGUGCCCCCAGAGAAGGCAGAGUCUCUCUCUGGACCCUCUGAAGAGAAGGAAAUGGUGGAGCUGGAUGGCAAGAAAGCGCCCGAGUCUGAAAACAAGACCCUCCUCUGCUUGGAGUCGUCGCCCAGGCCUGACAAGCCCACUGACAGUGAGGAGCCCAGAGUCAAAGCGUCUGAGGAGAGACAGCCUGAUGAGAACUCAAAGGCAGACUCACCCCCGAAGCCUGAGUCUUCUACGAAUCAGAGCCAGCCUUCCUCCAGUCACAUGGAGACCUCCUCCAAUCAGGCACAGUCAGCCUCGAAGCAGACAGAGUCGCCCUCCAAUCAAAGCAAAACAGGGGAGCCAUCCCGAGAGGCAGAGAGGCCAUCUGAGAAGGGAGACAGCGAGCCGCCCACUGUGCGGUCCGAGGAGAAAGAAUGCAAACCAGCACCCAGGGCAGAAGCAAAGACUGAGGAUGCAGCCGAGGGCCAGGUGAACGGGGAGAAGGAGGUCCGUGAUGAGAUGGACGACGGCAGGAGGGAAGACAGGAGCUGCUACAAGAACAAAUUCAUGUUCAACAUCGCAGAUGGGGGGUUCACAGAGCUUCACACAUUGUGGCAGAAUGAGGAGCGGGCUGCCAUGACCUCGGGCAAGAUGUAUGAUAUCUGGCACCGCCGGCACGACUACUGGCUGUUGGCUGGCAUUGUCACACAUGGCUAUGCCCGCUGGCAGGACAUCCAGAAUGACCCUCGCUACGCCAUCCUCAAUGAGCCCUUCAAGACCGAGAUGCACAAGGGCAACUACUUGGAAAUGAAAAACAAGUUCCUGGCACGUCGGUUCAAGCUUCUGGAGCAGGCGCUGGUGAUCGAGGAGCAGCUGCGGCGAGCAGCCUACCUGAACAUGACACAGGACCCCGUGCACCCGGCCAUGGCGCUGAACACGCGCUUCACCGAGGUCGAGUGCCUGGCCGAGUCGCACCAGCACCUGAGCAAGGAGUCGCUGGCGGGAAACAAGCCGGCCAACGCCGUGCUUCACAAAGUGCUGAACCAGCUGGAGGAGCUGUUGAGCGACAUGAAGGCAGAUGUGACGCGGCUGCCCUCCAUGCUGUCGCGCAUCCCGCCCGUCUCCGCACGCCUGCAGAUGUCUGAGAGGAGCAUCCUCAGCCGCCUCACCAGCCGCGGCAAUGAGCCACCGCCCCAGCAGCCUUUUCCCCAGGGCUCCUUCAGCUGUGCGCAGAUGUACAGCACUGGCUUUGCCAGUGGUCUCCGUGGCCCAGGAGGGGGCGCUAUGGUCAACUACAGCCAAAUGCCCCUAGGACCCUAUGUCAGCGUGUCGACCAACGGCCCCCCUCCUCCCAGCCAGCUAGACAAGAAGCCAGGCGACAGUCUGAGGGACGUGGUGACCCCUGACCUGAAGAUGGGGAAGGCCAGUGAUGUCAUCUGCAUUGAGGACUGACCCAACUGCACAGGGGCCGAACAACACCAACCAGCACCGGCCUCUUUGGGGUCCUCCUCAGCGUCACUCUGCCAUGGCACAUGCUUCUUCUUAUGCUCCUUAACUUUAUUUUCCAGAUUCUGUUUUUGGGAGGCGGGGCCUGGAGGGAGGCGGGGCCUGGAGGGAGGCGGGGCCUGGAGGGCCUGGACAGAGGAGUAUCUUCCCCGAGGAAGCAGCUUAUGUGUUUGUGUUUUAUUUUUCUCUUCUUCGCUUCAAGAUGCUAAGAAGGGAUGACAGGAAGCCAAUGGACUCAAUGCCUCAUCGUAGCAGGUGCUCCAUCUUCAGAAAAACCUUUCAUUUUGCUGCCACCUGACCCGAAACUCUUGACAACCAGACAGAUCUCCGCACCGUCACUGGAACUUGCCCCCUCACAGACCCCUCAUCCAUCUCAUGAGAACGUUCUGUCUUUCUGACCCUGCGCAACCCCCCUCCCCCCCGUCCCCCUCCUCAUGUGCAUAGAUCCUCCAUCGUGGGUUUCGGGGUGGCUGCAGCUGCAAAGGGACUGUGCAAAGCACUGCCCUCACUCACCAUGUCAUUAAUGAGUACUUUUUUGCAUUUUAAUUACAUUGUGGCAGGAAGGUAUAAAAUUGAAAGGGAGAAGAGAGUAAUCUGUAUAUAUAUAUUUUGAGUGCAUGAUGUUACCGUGUGCCUGACGUGCGUAGCAGACGCAGAGAGUUAAGCGAGGCGUCAUCACACUGGGUUCGGAGUUGAAGAUAUUCUGCGAUGUUCUGGAACGCACAGCGUUUGUUAGUAGGAUAUGUGGUCGGGUUUUUGGUACACAGACUAUUUUUUUUCCUGUGCUUGAAUGUCUAAACUGUUCCCACAACUUCCCCCCUGACUCUAAUCUUGGGGGGGUCGGACCAGCCAAUGCACUAUGGAGGGUUAGGGUUGUUUGUGUUAUACACUGUGCUAUCUUUCGGGCCCCCUACCCAUUUAUCUGAGCGACAGUAUCGUAGUGAAAGACCCAUCAGAUUAUCUCUGGGAUCAAAGUUUUCUUGUUAGUCCUUAAUCGACAGCUUUCCCAGAGUCAAUUUUUUUGACAAAGUGUUCAGUACCACUAAACAGGAAUCAGCUUGUCAUCUGUUUUAAUCCUCUGUGUGGUUCUCUUUGCCAGUCUGUGUGUAGCUGCUGAAUCUGUCUUCGAUAAACCUGAUUUUAAAUCUGUGUAUGAUCCGUUAAGCUUGUCAUUGUUAACCUUGCCUGUAUGUUUUCUGUUAAACCUGUGUGCAUAUUCUUUUCGGUUAAACGUUUGUUAAACUCAUUUGUCUGUUUUUCUCUGUUAUAACCAGCGUGAUCGUUCUCUGUUAAGCUCUUGUGUUUGAUCUGUCUUCAUCUCCUCUUUUUCGUCGGCCCUGUGUCUUCUAUUUAUCAUUAGAUGUAUGUGAAUUUAAUUGGAUUUUUCUUUUUGUCCCCAAAUAUUUAAACCUUGAACUGAAGUAUUCAUCAAGCUGAAGAAACACGUGUGAAUUAACAGGCUCAGUAUCACUUACGCUUUAUGUCUGGAUAGGUGAUCCAGAAUGAAGCUAUGUUUUUUUAAUUAUUGUCUGGAAUGGUACUUGAUCAUACUCACAUUUUACGACUGUAUUUAAUAUCAUGUUGCAAGCUUCGAAUGAGAUUCCAUAACUACUCUUUUUUUCGAAGAGGUUUUGAAGGCAUUAUUGUUAUUAUUAUUAUUAUUAUGAUUAUUGGUCCAAGCGGUCUUAGGUGCUGGAACCCUAUUGUUUUUAUUAUUGUUGUUAUUUGUGGCUAUAAGAAAAAGUUCAGAUAAUGAAUGAAAGUGGUGUUAAUACUGUCUUUUGGUACCUGUGUCUGCCGUUUUUGUUUCCACAGGACCUCCCGGUAGCGGAUUAUUCCCACGGGGGCUGCUGUGAAUUAAUUGUGGGUGGGUGGGUCGAUUGGUUAAGACGGAGUUCCCGAAAGGUAGCGCCGUCUCUUGCUGCGCCAACUCGCACAGUGGUCAUUUUAAUUUAUUUGAUUUUUAAUGUCGUCUCUCUUCUUGUUGAGUAAGAGGCCGCUGCAUCGGGACGGCUCGCAUUUCACGGUUACAGAGACCGAGACGAAGCAAAGCAGCCUCGGUAACACUGCGUGCUUCUUUAAAAAUGGGUUUAGCUCAUUUAACCUGCGAUGUUCAUUUUCCCCCUCUUUUUCUCUCCGUGCCAGAGAGAAGGAUCUACAUGAAUACGGUGAAAGAAUCAAAUGCAAUCAAACUGAAGUCAACCAAGAAUGUAUUGAAUAUAUGAGAAAAAGGCUUCAGUAUAAUUACUAUAAAUAAAAUAUAAAUACAAGUAUAUAUACAGUAUACAUGUUAAUAAGGAAGGCUUCAAAAGCUACCGCGCUGGUUAACUUUGUAGAAAUGUAUGCGAAGCAUGUGAAAUGUUUUGUACGAAGGGGGAAAACUUUGUUGGGGGUGGCGGUGGGGGAGGGGGUUGUUAUAUAAAAGGACAAAAGCCGUUUUGACGAUCAGACAGUAUUAUGGUGUAGAGGGAGGUAUCUGAAAGAAAGCAACGAGGGGUAACUUUGUAUUCAGUGUAUUUGUUUAAUGUGUUUUAAUAAAUCCUCUCAGUAAGAAA